AUGUGCAUGUACACCACCAGGCUGUCGGUCAUGGAGAGCGAGUCGAGGACGUGGAGCACGGGGUCAGACGUCAGCUCGUCCCAUCGCCGGCUCCGUCUGCCGCGGCUGGCGGCGCCCCAAGCCCAGAGGCCUGGCUCGGUCGGGGAUUUGCUGGUGCCCGUCGUGGUGUGUCUCGUGUUGGUGUUGAGCAUGGCUGCGGUGUGGUGGUGGUGA